CCUUAGUUCUCUCUUUUUUUUUUUUUUUUUUUUUUUUUUCCUUCUUUGAUUUCGUUCCUCUGUUUCUCUGUUAUUCUGUGUUGUAUUCUUUGAUUUUGUUCUUUGAUAUGAUUAAGUAGUAAUUUUUGUAGGCUGUAAAGGGUUUAGAGUUUUUCCCAGAUUAAGGUUCUUGAUGUUCUUGUUGUUUUCUGUAGACUUUUUAGUUAGAAUCGAGAAAUUCAGCUUUAAAAAACAGAUAGAUAGUUGAGCUUUUCAGGGGUUGACUAUUCUAACUGGUUUAAACCAGUUUUUAUUAGUAUAGAUGAUUAUGGAUCCAAGUUUCACUGAAUUCUCAGAUUUCACAAAUGGUUUCGUAAUUGAUAAGCAGACUGUUGUUUUACCCGAUUCCAAUCAGUUUCCAAAUCUCUUAGACGAGUAUAAAUUUGAUCAACCAUCCCCAGAUCUUAAUUUCAUGGACGACUAUCUUUUUUUCCCACCUCAUCCAGACUCUGGUAAUUUCAUUCCUUCCAUGACUGUGAGUUCAGAGGUAGGAUCAAGUAUUCCUUCUGUUAGUCCUAUUCCUGAUGGAAGCUCUUCUGGACCGAAUUCGAGUGUUAGUCCUCGGGGAGAUAGUUCCCCAGAUGAGAGUGAAUUCUCAGAAUCUGUUAUCAAAUAUAUAAGCCAGAUUCUUAUGGAGGAGAAGAUAGAGGAGAAACCAUGCAUGUUUUUCGACCCACUGGGUCUUCAAAUCACUGAGAAAUCGUUCUACGAUGUUCUUGUGGGUGAGAAGAAUCCCAACUCGUCCAAUCAGAACCCUGUUUAUGUAGAUCAAACGGUUGAAACCCAUUCUCCCAAUCAGCACCCUCUUCAUUUUGAUCAAACAGUUGUGGGCCCUGAUGAUAACUUUUCAAGCCUCAGCAGUGACAAUGGCGGUAGUAGUACUAUUAGUAAUGGUCCCCACUGGCUUGGUGAUAUAGGGGAUUACAAGCCCUCUAUAUCCCCGACUCCUCUUCCGAAUGACCAUAAUUUCCGGUAUAAUUCGAAUCACAUUUCGGAUUUUUCUGUUCCUACACACAGUCUUGGUGAUGGGCUGUCUAGUUCUUCUUUGAAUGAACUGGCUCAGAACAUAUUCACGGACAGUGAUUCUAUCUCUCAGUUUAAUAGAGGGUUAGAAGAAGCUAGUAAGUUCCUUCCUAAAGGUAAUCAGCUAAUCAUUGAUCUGGAAAGCAGCACAUUCUCACCAGAGUUGAAGGGAGAGUCUCCAAAGGUGGUUGUCAAGGAAGAAAAGAGUGACAGAGAGACCUCGCCUAAUGGUUUGAGAGGAAGGAAGAAUCAUGAAAGGGAAAACAUUGAUCUAGAAGAAGAGAGGAGUGCUAAGCAGUCUGCAGUUUAUGUGGAUGAGAGUGACAUAUCUGAUAUGUUUGAUAGGGUGUUGCUUUGUACUGAUGGAAAUAACCAUUGUGCUGGAAGUGAAGUUGUGAUUAGUGGAACGAGCAAAUCCUUGCAGCCAAAUGAACAGCCACAAGGACCUCAUGGCAAUGGUGGGAGAGCCCGUUCAAAGAAACAGGGAAAGAAAAGGGAAACCGUGGAUUUGAGGACUCUCCUGAUUUUAUGUGCACAAGCUGUGUCAGCUAAUGAUAUAAGGACUGCUCAUGAACUAUUAAAGCAGAUUAGGCAGCAUUCUUCCCCUUCUGGUGAUGGGUGUCAAAGGUUGGCUCAUUUUUUCGCUAAUGGCCUCGAGGCACGAAUUGCUGGGACUGGAGUCCAAACAUUUUAUUCUUCCCUAGCUUCCAAGAGGACAUCAGCUGUUGAUAUUUUGAAAUGUUACCAAGUUCAUCUUUCAGCCUUCCCUUUUCAGAAGAUGUCUAUGUUCUUUGCAAACAAGAUGAUUCUUAAGAUGGCUGAGAAAGCAACAAAACUCCACAUUGUAGAUUUUGGAAUCUUGUAUGGUUUCCAGUGGCCAAUCCUCAUCCAGCAUCUCUCAUCCAGAAGUGGUGGACCUCCCAAGCUGCGAAUUACAGGGAUAGAGAUUCCCCAGCCUGGAUUCCGUCCAUCGGAAAGAAUUGAAGAGACUGGGCGUCGCUUGGCAAAGUAUUGUGAGCGCUUUGGUGUCCCUUUUGAGUAUAAUGCCAUAGCAUCACAGACUUGGGAAACUAUUCAAGUUGAGGAACUCAAGAUUGACAAAGAUGAGGUGCUUGCUGUGAAUUCUUUCUUUCGGUUUAAAAACUUACUCGAUGAAACAGUUGAAGUGAACUGUCCAAGGAAUGCUGUUUUAAACCUAAUAAGGAAGAUGAAUCCAAAUAUUUUUGUCAACAAUGUUGUUAACGGGUCGUUCAACGCCCCUUUUUUUGUCCCACGCUUCCGUGAAGCUCUCUUCCACUACUCUGCCUUGUUUGAUAUGUUUGAUAUUAACUUGUCCCGUGAAAGUGAAGAGAGAUCAAUGUUCGAGAGAGAAUUCUAUGGGCGGGAGGCUAUGAAUGUUAUAGCAUGUGAGGGUUUAGAGAGAGUUGAGAGGCCUGAGACACACAAGCAAUGGCAGGUUCGGACUACAAGGGCAGGUUUCCGGCCACUCCCUCCAGAUCGAGAGCUCAUGGACAGAUUAAGAGCUAAAUUGAAGGCAUGGUACCAUAAAGAUUUUGUAAUUGAUGAAGACAGCCACUGGAUGCUUCAGGGGUGGAAAGGCAGGAUUGUCUAUGCUUCUUCCUGUUGGGUUCCGGCAUAGGAUCUUGCUCAUGAUGUUUAUUCAAACUCAUUAGUGAGAAUAUGGCUGGAAUUUACGUCUACUAAAUUUUGACAAAGAUCCUUUUGCUGUACUGCCUUCUUGAAGAGCUUAGCGAGGAGACUGGCUGAUUGAUUGAAAUGACAGGUUCAAGGCUCGUUGGUGUCUUAACUCGUUGGUCAUUGGGUUUCAUGCUGGAGAUUAUAUAGUUGUCUAGGUAUAGUAGAUUAUAUAACCAUGAACAAAAUAACUACUUAAAAUAAAGGGGCAGAACAUACGGCAAAUGAUGGAACGACGCCUAUAUUUUUCCAAGAUCUGUAAUCAUGUUUUUUGGGUUAACUUAUUGGAUGUAGCAGUAAGAUGAAGUUUUGGAAAUGCAUUAUAUUCAUAUAUAUGAUAGUGUUUUAUUAAAUUAUAUUUUUCC